AUGCUUGAUGAAGAGUGUAUCGUUCCAAAGGCUACCGACUUGACUCUCGCUCAAAAGCUGAAUGAUCAACACUUGGGCAAACAUCCAAACUUCGAGAAGCCCAAGCCACCAAAGGGAAAACAAGCUGAGGCUCACUUUGCCAUGAAGCAUUAUGCUGGAACUGUGAGAUACAAUUGCACUAAUUGGCUUGAGAAGAAUAAAGAUCCUCUCAACGAUACUGUUGUUGCUUGCAUGAAGGCCUCAAAUGACAAUGCUCUCCUCCGCACCAUUUGGGACGACUACGUCACUCAAGAGGAGCAAGCUGAGCUCCAGAAAUCUGGAGCUGCUGCUAGUGCAAAGAAGAAGGGUAAAUCUGGUUCGAUGAUGACCGUGUCUAUGCUUUACCGUGAGUCUCUGAACAAUUUGAUGACUAUGCUUCACAAGACCCAUCCUCAUUUCAUCCGUUGUAUCAUCCCCAACGAGAAGAAACAAUCUGGAGUGCUUGACGCGGCUCUUGUCAUGAACCAAUUGACAUGUAACGGUGUGCUUGAGGGUAUCCGUAUUUGUCGUAAAGGUUUCCCCAACAGAAUGAUGCAUGCCGACUUGGUUCACCGGUAUGCCAUUCUUGCCGCCACUGAGGCCAAGUCGGACUCUGAUCCAAAGAAGUGUGCAGCAAACGUGAUGGGACGAAUGGUGAAAGAGGGUUAUGUCACUGAUGAGAACUUCAAAGUCGGAGUCACUAAAGUGUUCUUCAAAGCCGGCAUCCUUGCCCAUCUCGAGGACAUUCGUGACGAGAAGUUGGCUCAAAUUUUCACUCUCUUCCAAGCCUUCAUUCGCUCUUACCUUGGCGCGACUGACAAGAAGCGCCGCGAGCAACAGCGAAUCGGAUUGCUUAUCGUUCAACGAAACGUCAAAUCAUGGUGUGGACUUCGCACUUGGGAUUGGUUUAAGCUUUACGGAAAAGUCAAACCACUCAUCUAUGCUAGCAAGUUUGAUGAACAACUUGAUGCCCUUAAUGCAAAACUCCAAGAAGUCGAGGGAACUCUCAAAAAAGAAGCCGAACUCCGCAGUCAACUCGAGUCUCAAAACAGCAAGAUUCUCGCCGAGAAGAAUCAACUCUUUGCCCAUUUGGAGAAAGCUAAGGCUAGCGUCUCUGAGCAUGAGGCAAAGGUGAACCACCUUGAGUCACAGCAUAGUGGAGCCGUUCGUGAUUUGGAUGAUGUGAAUGACGCUCUGGCUAUUGCUGAGGAGUCGAACUCUGAUGGACUUCGUGCCAAGAAACGUGCUGAAGGAGAGUUGGAUGGGUUGAAGAAACAACUCCAAGACUUGCAGAUGAGCUUGAGAAAGGGUGAAUCGGAGCGUCAAUCUAAAGAACACCAAAUCCGCUCUCUUCAAGAUGAAAUGCAACACCAAGAUGAAACUGUUGCCAAGUUGAGCAAAGAGAAGAAACAUCAGGAGGAGAUGAACCGAAAACUUGUUGAGGAUCUUCACAGUGAGGAGGAUAAAAGUGAACUCGAAGACUUGAACAAUCGCCUUGAUGAGCAAGGAGGAGCCACCCAGGCUCAAUCCGAAGUCAACAAGAAGCGUGAGGCUGAGCUUGCCAAGCUUCGUCGUGACAUUGAGGAGGCUGGACAUAUCCACGACAACCAAUUCUCCGCCCUCAAGAAGAAGCACACUGACGCCGUUGCUGAACUCUCUGAGCAAAUCAAUCAUGUUAACAAAUCGAAGAACAAGGCUGAAAAAGACAAGGUCCAAGCCCAACGUGAUGCUGAAGGACUUCAAUCUUUGCUCGACCAAGAAGUUGCUACCAAGGUCCAGCACGAGAAGCUUGCCAAGCAAUUCGAGAGCCAGCUCAGCGAGCUUCAAUCUCGUGUUGAUGACCAAGGCCGUGAACUCCAUGAUUUGACCUCUGUGAAGGGACGUCUCUCCGGACAAAACUCUGAUCUUGGCCGUCAACUUGAGGAUGUUGACUCUCAAGUCGCCAACAUCAACCGUGUCAAAUCUCAAAUUCUUGCUCAACUCGAUGAGGCCAAGCGAGCUGCUGAUGAUGAGGCCCGUGAACGUCAAGCUCUUCAAGCUGCCGCCCGCAAUGCUCAAGCUGAUGCUGAACAAGUCCGAUCAGCUCUCGAGGAGGAAGUUGAGGCCAAGAAUGAUGUGAACCGUCAACUCUCAAAAGCCAAUGCUGAGAUUCAACAAUGGAAGUCUCGCUUCGAAGGAGAAGGAAUGCUCCGUGCUGACGAGAUUGAGGAGGCCAAGAGAAAACAACAACAACGAAUCCAAGAACUCACCGAUUCGAUUGAAGCCGCCACCCAGAAGAUUGCUGGAUUGGACAAAUCGAAGGCAAGAAUUGCUGGAGAACUCGAUGAUGCCCAAGUUGAUGCUGAUCGUGCAAACUCUUAUGCUUCAACUCUCGAGAAGAAACAACGAGACUUUGAUGAUAUCGUUUCUGAAUGGAAACACAAGUCUGAUGAUCUUGCCGCCCAAGUUGACUCUGCUCAACGUGAUGCCCGAAAUGCAAUUGCUGAUCUUCAUCGUGCUAAAGCUGCUCAAGAUGAACUUGGAGAAAUCAUUGAAGGACUUCGACGUGAGAACAAAGCUCUUGGAUCUGAGAUCAAGGAUUUGAGUGAUCAACUUGGAGAAGGAGGACGAUCCGUUCACGAAAUGCAAAAGAUCAUCCGUCGCUUGGAGACAGAAAAGGAAGAGUUGCAGAAGGCUCUCGAUGAGGCUGAGAAUGCGCUCGAAGCUGAAGAAGCAAAGGUGAUGAGAGCCCAAGUUGAAGUGUCUCAAAUCCGAUCAGAGAUUGAGAAACGAAUCCAAGAGAAGGAGGCUGAAUUCGAAAGCACUCGCAAGAAUCACCAAAAGGCUUUGGAAAGCAUGCAAGCCAGCAUCCAAACUGAGGCCAAGUCAAAGAACGAAUUGCUCAAGUCGAAGAAGAAGCUUGAGGGAGACAUCAACGAGUUGGAGAUCGCUCUUGACCAUGCAAACAAGAACAACGCUGACACACAGAAGAAUCUCCGCAAACAUCAAGAACAAAUCCGUGAAUUGCAACUCACCGUCGAGGAGGAACAACGCCAAAAGGAUGAGGUCCGUGAUCAAUUGCAAGGAGCUGAGAAGAGAGCUCAGAAUCUCGAACAAGACAAGGAUGAGCUCAAGCACGCCUUCGCUGAAGUUGAUCAUCAACGUCGUCAAGCCGAGAACGACGCUCGCGACUCCCGCGAUCAAGCCAACGAGCUGCAACUCCAGGCCUCAACUCUUUCAUCGACAAAGAGAAAGUUGGAGGGAGAGAUCGCAGCUCUUCACUCGGAUUUGGACGAGACAAUGAAAGAGUUCCGUUUGGCUGAAGAGAACAGCAAGAAAGCAAUUGCUGACGCGACUCGUUUGGCUGAAGAGUUGAAGCAAGAGCAAGAGCAUGGAGCUGCUCUUGGACGCAGCAAGACCGAGCUCGAGCAGCGUCUGAAGGAGUUCCAAGUGCGUCUCGACGAGGCUGAAGCUGCGGCGUUGAAGGGCGGAAAGAAGACCAUUGCCAAACUCGAGCAACGCAUUCGCGAGUUGGAAGCUGAGCUCGAUGGAGAGCAACGCCGAUAUGCUAUUGUUCUGAAAGAAGUGCAGAAGACCGAUCGUCGCACCAAAGAGCUUCAGUUCCAGAUUGAUGAGGACAAGAAGAACUUCGAACGCCUCAACGAUCUCGUCGACAAACUCCAGACGAAGAUCAAGACGCAGAAGAGACAAAUCGAGGAUGCUGAAGAGCUCGCCAACACAAAUCUCCAGAAAUUCCGCGGAAUCCAGGCUCAAUUGGAGGACACCGAGGAGAGAGCCGACUCGGCUGAAGACUCGCUAACCAAACUUCGAUCAAAAACUCGUGCUGGUACCUCAGUCGGCCCAGGACUCCAAGGAUCCGCUUCUGUCGCUGUUAUGCGCGCGCCAAGCCGUGGAAAAUUC